CUUCAUCUCACGACGGCCACAGCCCGCCUUUGCAAUUGCCUCUCGCACUCACAUCUCUGAAACUGGCCGCCCUUGCAAACCUCUCGAGACCUUGUUCUCGCCCCCAGCUUUGGAGAAGGCUAUUCACUAAACAUCGGCCAUCUGCCUCUUACACCCCAUUCUCGACGUGUAUAAGGAACCGAGACUGCACAAGACUGCUCACACGACCUCAAUUUUCGAAAGCCUACUUUAAGCUAGCUUUAGGUAGUGUUACUUCGACAAGAGUACAGGUUCGGUUUUGCUCUGUGGAGUCGAAUAGUAGCCUUGCAAUCAUGGCGACGGACCGAGACGUUCUACCAAGCUGGGUCAAGCCCUCACACUAUUCCCUAUCCCUCCAUGACCUCGAGUUUGGCGGAAACUUCACCUACCAGGGAGCCGCCGAGAUCAACGUCGACAUUCAGAAUGGGGCUAACCAGUGGACUGAAAUUGUGCUCAACGCCUUCCAGCUCAAGAUUCAUAGUGCGGAGCUGAAGCUUGGCCACGUGGAGAAGGAUGUACCCCCACGACAGGCGAAGAAUAUCACGUAUGACGAGAAGCGUCAGCGUGUUACACUGGGCUUUGGGGAUGAGACAGAUCUGAUUCAAUAUUCUGGGGAAGGUGUUCUUACAGUCAAAUUUGAGGGCGUUAUGAACAAUGUCAUGGCUGGCUUCUACCGCUCCAAGUAUAAGCCCAAAGGCGAAGUCCCAGCAUCAGUCGCUCGUGACGAUGAAUUUCACUACAUGUUCAGCACCCAAUUCGAGUCCUGCGAUGCACGCCGAGCUUUUCCUUGCUUCGACGAACCGAACCUCAAGGCUACGUUCGAUGUUCUGUUGGAGGUGCCCGAGGACCAGGUCGCGCUCAGCAAUAUGCCCGAGAAGGAGGUUAGGCCGAGUAGCAAAUCUGGCUUUAAGACCGUGUUGUUUGACCGUACGCCCAUCAUGUCUACGUACCUUCUGGCUUGGGCUAUUGGAGAUUUCGAGUAUGUCGAAGCUUUUACCAAGAGGAAAUAUAAUGGGAAGAGCCUGCCUGUAAGGGUGUAUACUACGCGAGGGUUGAAGCAGCAGGGGGAGUUUGCGUUGGAGAAUUGCCAUCAGGUCGUUGACUAUUUCUCCGAGGUCUUCCAAAUCGACUAUCCUCUCCCUAAGGUCGAUCUGCUCGCUGUUCACGAAUUUUCACACGGUGCCAUGGAGAAUUGGGGUCUCAUUACCUACCGAACCACGGCCGUGCUCUUCGACCCAAACACUUCAGCAGACAGUUAUCGAAACCGGGUCGCAUAUGUUGUGGCGCAUGAACUUGCCCAUCAAUGGUUCGGCAAUCUCGUUACUAUGGACUGGUGGAGUGAACUCUGGCUCAACGAGGGCUUUGCUACGUGGGUCGGAUGGUUCGCAAUUGACCAUCUCUAUCCUGAAUGGAAUGUCUGGGGACAGUUUGUUACCGAAUCCGUUCAAACAGCCUUCCAAUUCGACGCUCUACGUACAUCCCACCCAAUUGAAGUGCCCGUAUAUGACGGGCUUGAGGUCGACCAAAUCUUUGACCAUAUCAGCUACCUCAAGGGCAGUUCCGUCAUCCGCAUGCUUAGCGCUCACAUUGGAGAAAAGGUAUUCCUCCAGGGUGUGGCAGACUAUCUUAAAGCGCACCAGUACAAGAAUGCCACGACGAAUGACCUCUGGUCUGCUCUGAGCAAGGCAUCCGGUCAGGACAUCAACAGUUUCAUGGACUUCUGGAUCCGGAAGAUCGGUUUCCCAGUCGUUACCGUUGCUGAGGAGCCUGGACAGAUCAGCAUUCGCCAGCAGCGCUUCCUGCUGACCGGUGACGCCAAGCCCGAAGAAGACGAGACCGUCUGGUGGAUUCCUCUGGGCUUGAAGACUGGAUCAUCUGCUUCUGCAGCAGCGGUGCAUAAGAUCCGGGCGCUUACUCAAAAGGAAGAUACCAUUCGUGAUAUUGAUGACUCGUUCUAUCAGAUCAACAAAGAUCUCACGGGAUUCUACAGGACAAACUACCCCUCAAAGCGCCUCUUAAAGCUUGGUGAAGCCAAGGAUUAUUUGAGUGUUCAAGACAAGAUUGGGCUUGUCGGAGAUGCGUAUGCCAAUGCAGUCGCUGGUUAUGGUUCUACGACAGGCUUGCUCGCUCUUCUGAAACCAUUCCACAACGAAUCUGAGUAUCUGGUCUGGUCUCAAAUUACUACGACCAUGGGUAAUGUUCGCAAUGUAUUCUCCGACGUCGAGGAUAUUAGCGCUGGUUUGAAGAAAUUCACUCUCGAACUUGUCUCACCCGCCGUCGAAGAAAUCGGCUGGGAGUUCAAAGACGGCGAAAGCUACCUCACAGGCCAAAAGCGCGCAGCACUCAUCGCAACCGCCGGCCUUCUUGGGCACCCCGCAACUGUUGCGGAAGCCCAGAAACGGUUCGACCUCCACAUCUCCGGCAAAGACACCAACGCCAUCAACCCAUCUCUUCGUCGAGCCAUUUUCUCAACUGCAGUAAAGAAUGGUGGCGAGACAGCUUACAACGCUGUUAAAAACGAGUAUUUCAACGCAACAUCAAUCGACGGCAAAGAAAUCUGUCUCCAAUCUCUCGGACGCGUACAAGACCCUGCACUCGCACGCGACUUCCUCUCCUUCAUCUUCUCAGACAAAGUUGCCAUGCAAGACAAGCACUCUGGCACCAUCGCGCUCUCCUCAAACUCCACAGUCCGUAUUGAAGUCUGGCACUUUAUCCGCGAUAACUGGGACUUGGUGUUCAAGACUCUGUCCGGGAAUAUGGUGGUUUUGGAACGGUUUUUAAGGUUCGGGUUGAACAAGUAUGCCGAUGAGCAGGUGGCGGAUGAGAUUAAGGGCUUUUUUGAGAGGGAAGGCAUGGAGACUAGGGGAUUUGAUAAAGGAUUGGCGGUUAUCGAUGAUACAAUUAGGGGACAUGCGAAGUUCAGGGUUAGGGAUGAGAAAGUGGUUAGGGAGUGGCUGGGGGCGAACGGGUAUCUAAGGUGACGGUGUGGGGAGGUGAAGGGGAGGUUGUGAUAAGUGCUAGGCGUAGGAGGAUGAAGAGAAGAUCCAGGAUGGUUGGAGGAAGAUGAAGAAGUCUCUGUGUGAUGUGUGAGUAUGUGUGUGGUAUGAUGUGACUCCGGUCUGGCGAUGAGAAGACAGCAAUGGAAAAGCGGAUUCAUGCCCAGAAUUUUGAAAAGAGUUUGUGCGGUGAUAUAUUGCUAGUGGUGCAUGGGGAGAUGUGAUAAAAUCCCAUGUGUUGUUGCUCUGUGGCGUUGAUAAUGGUGGCUGUGAGACCUGGACCUUCGGAGAUUAGGUACAAGAAUAAAAGUGACGCAUGGCUCUAUGGCAC